AUGAAAACCUCUCUGAUCCUCAGUCUGCAGCAGCUGAUCCUGCUGGUCCACACAGAUCCACUUGGAUUCUGGACCCCCACCGCCAUCACCAUCCACUCCCCCUCCCCACCAAGGUUCUUCCGGGGGGAGUACACGGUGGAGGUGGCCAUCAACGACUACCUGGACAUCUACUGUCCUCACUAUGAGGGGGCGGAGUCUGCCGAGCGCAUGGAGCACUAUGUGUUGUAUAUGGUGAACUACGACGGCUACACCACCUGCGACCACCACAGGAAGGGCUUCAAACGCUGGGAGUGUAACCGCCCCCAGAGUCCCAGCGGCCCGCUCAAGUUCUCCGAGAAGUUCCAGCUGUUCACGCCCUUCAGCCUGGGCUUCGAGUUCAGGCCGGGCCACGAGUACUACUACAUCUCGUCUCCACAUCCAAACCUGGCCGGGAAACCCUGUCUGAAGCUCAAAGUCUACGUCAAACCAACCAAUGACUCGGUGUACGAGUCUCCGGAGCCCUUCCUGACAGACGACACCACCGGUGGCUGCGGCCUCGCUCUCCCUCGCCUCUCCCUGCUUCGCUCCGAGGAGAAAUGA